CUCUUAUCUGUUUUAAAACCAAACCCAAGAGAUCUGAUUGAAAAAGACAGUGGACAAUGUGGGUUCUGACAGUAACCAUACUGCUGCUCUGCGUCGCUGCACACGCUGCAGAAGAUGACAGUGAGAAAUCUUCUCAAGAGAACAUAACAUCAGAUAGAGAUGGAAAACAUGACCGGAAUAAAACAGACGGUGAUGGAGGAUCACAGAGCAGCUCACACUCAGACAGUGAUGAAUCUUCUAAAAAGAACAUAAAACCAGAUAGAGAUGGAAAACAUGACCGGAAUAAAACAGAGACAGAUGACCAGGAUGAAACAGAGACAGAUGACCAGGAUGAAACAGAGACAGAUGAACACGAGCAGGAUAAAACAGAGACUUAUGAAGAACAUGAGCAGAACAACAGAGGUUUCUCCUCGCGCUUGCUGAUCCUCGUGGUUGUGUUGGCCUGUAUGGGACUCUUUGUGGUGAUUUUGUGGAACUCCUUGACCCAGUAUUCAAAACCCAACAAUAACGAACAUCAUUACGAAACCAUAGACGACACGGUUCCACCUACAGCCGCAGGAAGUGGAAUGUUGUGUAAAACUGUUUACGCCCUGGCAGACAAUCCGGAGAAACUGAACCAGGAUACAACAAACCCCAGAGCUGCGUUCUGCUCAACAUCAGACACACUGUGGAGAAUUAACCCGGUUUAUCCACGAUCUCACAAGAAGCAGACACACAUCCAGAUCAUUUAAUUUAUUUAUUUAUUUUUUUUACUUUUUAUCAGUUCAUUAAAUUUAUGAUUUUCUGAUUUACUCUAUUGCUACUGCAGUCUGCUCUUCUGCUUUAUAAAUGUAAAAUGAUUUAGAUUGUUCUCAUGAAUGUUAUUAUUAAUAUUAUUAAUAUUAAUUAAUUCAUUUAUAAAUAUUCAGCAUUAUUAUUUCUG